AUGGAGGCCAAUGUUGACCUCAACAAGAAUUUCUGUAGCAAGGCUCCGGCUCCGGCUCCGGUUCCGACGGGCGUCCCGGGUCUCGGGGCCCCAGGCGCGGGCCCCACCUCUGCCGUGGGCCCUGGCCCCCGCCGGCGGCCCGUCACACCUGCUGCCAAGCGCCACCGCUGCCCAUUCCCGGGCUGCACCAAAGCCUACUACAAGUCGUCGCACCUCAAGUCCCACCAGCGCACGCACACAGGUGAGCGCCCUUUCUCCUGCGACUGGCUCGACUGCGACAAGAAGUUCACGCGCUCCGACGAGCUGGCCCGCCACUACAGGACGCACACGGGAGAGAAGCGCUUCUCCUGCCCGCUCUGCCCCAAACAGUUCUCCCGCAGCGACCACCUGACCAAGCACGCCCGCCGCCACCCAGCCUACCAUCCCGACAUGAUUGAGUACCGGGGGCGUCGUCGCACCCCCCGCGUCGUCGAAUCCCAACCCGCGAGCUUAGUGGACGGCGCUGGCUCCGGCCAGGUGGCCAGCCUCACCACCUGCCUGUAGGACUGUCAUUGCUGCUAG